CCCUCGGCUGUCCUCUUCUCCCCACCUUCUGUGCUGCAACCCCGCGUGCUCCCAAGAAAUGGCAGGGCUGUUUGUUGUAGCCUAGUGCUCGCUAUUCCGACUUCCGAGAGGCAGAUACGAGUUGUUUCUUCCGUCGAAAUGGCGGCCGUGCGUGUGGCGGCGGUGGCGGUGCUGCUGGCGGUCGUGGCCGUGGCGGCGGCAGCGCUGAACACGGACGGCCUGGCGCUUCUCGCGCUCAAGUUCGCGGUCACCGAUGACCCUGGCAGCGGUCUCGAUACCUGGAGGGACGCCGACGCUGACCCCUGCAGCUGGGCCGGCGUCACCUGCGUCGACGGCGGCGGGGGCCGGGUCGCCGGCGUGGAGCUCGCCAACCUCUCGCUAGCCGGCUACCUGCCCUCCGAGCUCUCCCUGCUCUCCGAGCUCGAGACGCUGUCGCUGCCGGCCAACCGCCUCUCCGGCCAGAUCCCGGUCGCCAUCUCCGCGCUGCAGAAGCUCACCACCCUCGACCUGGCGCACAACUUCCUGUCCGGCCAGAUUCCUGCGGGGAUUGGGAGGCUCGCGUCCCUGUCUCGCCUCGAUUUGUCCUCCAACCAGCUCAACGGGACGCUGCCGCCGUCCAUCGCGGGGCUUCCGAGUCUCUCCGGCGUGCUCAACCUCAGCUACAACCAUUUUGUCGGCGGGAUCCCGCCGGAGUUCGGCGGCAUUCCCGUCGCCGUCAGCCUUGACCUCCGGGGGAACGACCUCGCCGGCGAGAUCCCGCAGGUGGGCUCGCUCGUCAACCAGGGCCCCACCGCCUUCGACGACAACCCGAGGCUCUGCGGGUUUCCGCUCAAGAUCGAGUGCGCCGGGGAGAGGGAGGAGCCAAGGAUCCCGCAGUCGAACAAUGGCAUGAACCCUGGUGCGGCGGCGGAGGUUGGGAGGCCACCCAAGCAUCGGUCGUCGCCCACGGUGCCCAUUCUUGCCGUCAUUGUGGUGGCGGCCAUCGUCGCCGGGCUAGUGCUGCAAUGGCAGUGCCGGAGGCGGUGCGCUGCAACGACCAGGAACGAGGACAAGGAGUCGUCGACCAAGGAGAAGAGCGCGGCGGUGACGCUCGCCGGCACUGAAGAGCGGCGCGGCGGCGGAGAGGAGGGGGAGCUGUUCGUGGCGGUGGACGACGGUUUCGGGAUGGAGCUGGAGGAGCUGCUCCGCGCGUCUGCCUACGUCGUGGGGAAGAGCCGCGGCGGCAUCGUGUACAGGGUCGUUCCCGGCCGCGGCACCGCCGUAGCCGUCCGCCGUCUCAGCGAGCCCGACGACGGCGAUGGCACUGAGUCCGGGUGGCGCCGGCGCCGUGCCUUCGAGACCGAGGCCGCCGCCAUCGGCCGCGCUCGCCAUCCCAACGUCGCUCGACUCCGCGCAUACUACUACGCCCCGGACGAGAAGCUGCUCAUCUACGACUACCUCGGCAAUGGCUCCCUCCACUCCGCUCUACACGGUGGCCCGACGGCUUCGCCAACGCCACUGCCGUGGUCGGUGAGGCUGUCCAUCGUGCAGGGCGCGGCGAGGGGGCUGGCAUACCUGCACGAGUGCAGCCCUCGCCGGUACGUGCACGGCUGCAUCAAGUCGUCCAAGAUCCUGCUCGACGACGAGCUCCGUCCGCACGUCUCCGGCUUCGGACUAGCCCGGCUCGUCGCCGGCGCGCACAAGACGGCGCAGUCGAGGAAGCUCGGCGGCGCGGCGUGCGCGCUCCGCAGCGGCGCCCUGUCGGCGCUGUCGUACGUGGCACCGGAGCUGCGCGCGCCGGGGGGCACGGCCGCGGCGGCGACGCAGAAAGGGGACGUGUUCGCGUUCGGGGUGGUGCUGCUGGAGGCGGUGACCGGGCGGCAGCCGACGGAGGGGGAGGGCGGGCUGGAGCUGGAGGCGUGGGUGCGGCGAGCCUUCAAGGAGGAGCGGCCGCUGUCGGAGGUGGUCGACCCGUCGCUGCUCGGCGAGGUGCACGCCAAGAAGCAGGUCCUCGCCGUGUUCCACGUGGCGCUCGGCUGCACCGAGCCCGACCCCGAGCUGCGCCCCCGCAUGCGCGCCGUCGCGGAGAGCCUCGAUCGGGUGAACUAAUCCGGCGAUCCAUCGUCCAUCAUUCGGGGAAAACAGAAGCCGUGGCCCGUCAUUCUCAUCCGACCAUCAGCAGCAGUAGUUUCUAAAAUCCUUAGCUCCGCAGAUUAGCAUUUGCCAACGUUACUAGGUUUAGAGACGGUGAAGAAACCAGCCAAGAAUCGUUCGCCGAUGCGUGUGCACCGGUGGUAACUAGCGCGUUUGGAACUCGUUUUUUUUUUGUAGCUGCGACCUUCGCGGCCGUGUAUGUAUGUAUGUGACCGGUGAUCAUGAUCUGGACAACUGCAUCCCUUUUGCUA